AUGUCAGUUUACAAUUUCAUCGCCCAUUUCCUAAAGGAAAACGGCUACGAUGAAACCCUCAGGACGUUUGAAAAGGAACAUGGAAGUCAAAUAUCGACAGAUUUACCUCACGACGAGGCAUUGACUGAUAUCAUCACUGAUCGCAUGAAAUACCUAUCAACCCAAUCCCAGCCCGAUGCACGGCAAGACUAUUGGCUCCAGGAAGAUUUAGUGAAGAUCAAAGAAGCACAGUUUAAGGAAUGGUCUGCGCCAUAUCCAAAGAAGAACAGAAGAUUGGGCUUGCUAGACGAUUUGGUUGUCAGCUCAGAUGUCUUCAAGAGCAAUGACACGGCCUACGUCGUUUGUGGAACUUCAGGGAAGGCUUUGGUAGUUUUCGACCUUCAAACAGGUACAAUCGUUCUCGAGAUCAAGGAUGUUAUUGGCAAAGUUGUCAUUCGUCGCAUAGUGGUGUCUUCUCAGUACGUCCUCUUGUGUGGAAUGAACGGUAAAGUAUACGUGGGGUCAUUCAGUGAUGAUAUGAAAAGUUUUGACCUUUUGUUUGAAGAACAAAUUCAUUCUAGAUUGAUAACAGAUGUAAGGGUUGUUCUGUGGAAUAAUCACGAUCAUUUGGUGUCAAUGGGAUGGGACUUUCUUGUGAAGGUUUGGAAGAUCAAUUCCGACAGCCUCCAACAGGUUGGAAAGCCAUUCAAAUUGGCCAAUCAAGGAACGUGUUUGGACGCAUGCAACUACAACGACGUUUUGUACGUGACGGUCGGCAAGAAUGAAAUUACACUCAUGGAUGUACUCCGAAUGGAUGAAACGCAUGAGCUUCAAUUGGACUGCCGGAUAGCACUCAAUGACGCAGAAUUUUCAGCUUCAGGGUUCACUCCCAUGUGUGUCAAAAUUUUCAACCAAGGAGGUAUUCCAUUGGUUGCAGUUGGGACAUCUCACGAGCCUUAUAUGAGAGUGGUGAUAGUUUCAUUAAAGGAUGUUGGCUCAGAACACGCAGAUAUCAAGCGAAGUCAGAUUAUUGCCAACUUGAACACUAUGUCACCCCAAGAUAAAUACAGCCAGGCAAACAUUGCUUGGAGAUUCGAUGGUAGUGGGCUCUGGAUUAUGGGAGAAGACGGAAUCAUCCGAGGUCUUGACAUUUCGAAGCAAUGUGUUGCUUUGGAACUCAAAGAGCAUGAUGGACGCAUCAAGACAUCGACGGUUUUCGAAGACAUUGUCAUAACCUGUGGAACCGAUAAGCAAAUACUAAAGUGGAUACACGAGUAA